UGAGAGCAAUAUCUAGUGUGUGAAGAGCUAUUAAGGUUUAACCGUAUCAAAACACUUUCAGUUGACUUGUGUGUGGAUUGCUCUGCUGCAACUCAUGAGCUUGGCUCUGGCCGAUGUCUCCCACCUGGACUACUCGAUUGCCCCUAGCACCCAGCUGGGCUAUUACCAAUAUCCCGCUCCCAACAGACCAGCAGUGCAGCGAAGCCAGAGGAACCAGUACCAACAGCCUCAGCAGUAUCCCCAAGUAGCCCGUCAGUUUACCGAGCCCGCCCUGGAGCACGCCGCCUUCACCCAGGCCUUGACCAGCCAGGGUUACGUGUUUGGAGCACCCUCGUCCGCCCUCCAGGUGGCUCCCUCGGCUCCACAGCCCCAGCAGGUGGCUAGGGCCUCAGCUACUGCGGGAUCAGCCACAGGUCGCUCCAUAGCCUCCUCAUCCGUGGACGCCAACUCCCUAAAUCUUAAGCUGCCAGUGCCCUUUGGCAUUGUUCCUCUGAAUGUGGCGCAACUUCCGCUGCAGGCUGGGGCCCCAUAUGCCAGUGUGCCCAGAACUACAGGGCUCACUUCCUAUGGAACACCGCAGAUCCAGAGGCGCUAGUCCAGCGAUCCCCGUCCAUAGAAUAGCAAUAAAUUUAACAGAGCCAGAGCCAUCCCGACUGAUCAUCAAACUGCGAUGACUUCUGCUCUUAGUGAAUAUACAUUGAUAAUAAACUUGCCAUCUAAGCUUAGCCUUUUGGUUGAGUCUCUUUUUAUUGGCCAUUUUUAGUCUCAUUGCCAUCGAUGGAGACUGCAUUUGCAUAAUGUUUUGAAGGUUGAGACGCGGGCACAAAAAAAGAGGUCUUCAUCCAUUGGAUUUACACCUUUCACUCUCCACCGGUGGGUUAAUGGUUGCUAUUUACAUACACACAAAUCGGGCCAAGAGAUCUUCAUCAUCCGCGCCUCAUAAUGAGACCUCAAACUUGGCAUUGGCGUUCGGAAUUCUCUUGUGAAAACAAAAGAAAUCGAGACGACUAACU